AUGACCACCAACGGCUCAACUAAUGGUGCCGCCAAUGGCGACGCCAAGCACUAUGUUACUCGCAGAGGCCGCCUGGCAGGCAAGAAUGCUUUCAUCACUGGUGGUGCCGGCGGCAUCGGUCUCGAGACAACAAUUCUCUUCCUCCAGGAAGGCGCCUCUGUUAUUCUCGCCGACAUCAACACCAAAGCACUGGACACCGCCAUGACCAAAAUCCAGGACAUCGUCGGUGAGCAGACAGCGAGCAAAGCCAAAACGGUUCAAUGCGAUGUUACCAAUGAGUCCUCAGUGGAAGCCGCCAUUGCCGCCGCCGACGAAUGGGGUGGUGUCGACAUCGUCUUCAACAACGCUGGAAUCAUGCAUGGGGACGACGCUGACGCAAUCGACACAUCGGAGAAGAUCUGGGACUUGACGCAGGCCAUCAACGUCAAGGGAGUAUGGUAUGGAUCCAAGCACGCUGUUCUCUCGAUGCGCAAGCACAAGAAGACAAAGGGCUCCGUCAUCAACACCGCUUCAUUCGUUGCGCUCAUGGGUGCCGCCACACCUCAGCUCGCAUACACUGCCUCGAAAGGAGCCGUCCUGGCCAUGACCCGCGAACUCGCCAUGGUGCACGCUCGCGAGAACAUUCGUUUCAACUCUCUCUGCCCCGGUCCUCUCAACACACCUCUACUACAGGACUGGCUGGGCGACGAUCAAGCCAAGCGACAUCGCCGCGAGGUGCACUUCCCGUCCGGCCGCUUCGGCGAGGCGAUCGAGCAGGCCCAGGCUGUCCUCUUCCUAGCCAGCGAUGAGAGUAGCUUCGUGAACGCUACGGAUUUCGUUGUCGACGGCGGUCUAAGCAAGGCGUACGUUACGGCAGAAGGCCCUGCCCCAGCAGGUCCGAAGAAUCAGGUUUCGACUUGA